GGCUUAAUUGACCAGAAAUGAUAAAAAGAUGUCGUGGGGCUGGUCUAGCAGUAGUGAAUGAAAAUUUCGUGUUUGCUGUGGGUGGUGUUGAUAGUUUUAGAACAUUUCUUCGGUCGGUUGAAAUACUAGAUUUAUCUUCAGAAUCACCUAGUUGGAAAUCAAGUGUUGAUAUGUUAGUCGAACGAAAUUUUCCAGGAGUUGGUGUAAUUAAUAAUUAUCUAUAUGCCGUUGGUGGACAUAAUAAGAGUGAUUCUGCAUUAGAUAGUGCUGAAGUUUUCGACUACAAUACUCAAGAAUGGCGUAUGGUAUCUAGUAUGUGUACUAAAAGAUAUGACUUUGGGGUCGGAGUCCUGAAUAAUCUUUUAUAUGCGGUAGGAGGAUGUGAUAAACCAUUUCAGGCCUUAGACAUUGUUGAAUGUUAUCAUCCCAGCCUUGAUGGACAACAGUCGCAAAAAUGUCUGUACGGCGCAGUCAGGUUGGUAUAGGAGUUUUAGACGGUGUACUGUACGCUGUAGGUGGUUGUGAUGGAUCAAAAACUUUGAGUAGUGUUGAAGCAUACAGACCAAGUACAGGAGUUUGGACAACUAUUGUUGAUAUGCAUUUGCCUCGACGACGCGCAGGUGUAGUUGCAUUAAACGGUUUAUUGUAUGUCAUCGGUACAAGAGGACAAAACGAAACUUCUACUGACAAUUGUACAGAAUAUUAUAACCCGAAAACCAAUACCUGGACGAUGGUAACAGCGUCAAUGAAUUAUAACCGGAAUCCAGUUGGAGUAGUAGCCAUUAAUAGACCACAAUAUUUAAAAAAAUGUCAGCAUUCAUGAUUCUUUUUUUUUUUGCUACAAUAUACAUAUUAUAAGUGUUUUCUUAUAUGGUAUUAGUUAUAUAGUCUUAAUUGAUUUUCCAUUCAUUUGACUGUUGUUAAUUAAUAUGUUAUUAAAAUAUUUUAUAUUAUAUUUGAUUCAUAUUGCCAAG